CCUGUCUCUGUCCCUUAAGACUCUGUGUUCCUGGAGGACUAUGUGGUCUCUACUGGAGACACCCUGGAUCUGUCCUGUAACCCCGACGGCCCCGCCCAAGCUGUCCUCUGGUUCAAGGAUGGCAGCGGCCUGUUGCCUAGCAACCGGACGCGAGUGGACCAGAGGGUUCUACGCAUCAUCAACGUGUCUUACGAGGACUCCGGCAUGUACUCCUGCCACGUCACUCACGACAACAACCUGCUCAGCAACUACACAAUCAGAGUGACAGAUUCCAUGUCUUCUGGAGAUGAUGAAGACCAUGAUGAAGACUUGGAUGAUACAGAAGGCCCGUAUUGGACCAGACCGGACCGCAUGGAGAAGAAGCUCCUCGCUAUCCCAGCAGCCAAUACUGUCAAAUUCCGGUGCGCUGCCGCCGGAAAUCCAACACCCUCCAUCCAUUGGCUGAAGAAUGGGAAGGAGUUUAAAGGUGAACAGAGGAUGGGCGGGAUCAAGCUAAGACACCAGCAGUGGAGUCUGGUGAUGGAGAGUGCUGUCCCUUCAGACCGAGGGAACUACACCUGUGUUGUAGAGAACAAGUACGGCACCAUCACCCACAGCUACCAGCUAGACGUGCUAGAGCGCUCCCCUCACAGGCCCAUCCUCCAGGCAGGUCUUCCAGCCAAUCAGACAGUAGUAUUGGGAAGUGAUGUGGAGUUCCACUGUAAAGUGUACAGCGAUGCCCAGCCUCACAUCCAGUGGUUGAAGCACAUCGAGGUGAAUGGAUCCCGGUACGGACCCGACGGUGUCCCAUACGUCAACAUACUCAAGACGGCUGGUAUAAACACUACGGAUAAGGAACUAGAGAGCCUCUUCCUUACCAAUGUGUCUUUAGAGGAUGCAGGAGAGUAUACUUGUCUAGCAGGGAACUCUAUUGGGUACGCUUACCACUCUGCUUGGCUCACCGUGCUCCCAGCGCUGGACGAUGGUGACAAGGAGGAUGACUAUGCUGACAUCCUGAUCUACGUGACGGGCUGCGUGCUCUUCAUCCUGGCCGUCGUCAUCAUCAUCCUGUGUCGUAUGAGGAUGUCUACCCAGAAGACCCUGCCCUCCCCGCCCAUCCAGAAACUCUCCAAGUUCCCCUUAAAGAGACAGCAGGUUUCCUUGGAGUCUAACUCCUCCAUGAACUCCAACACACCAUUGGUCAGGAUCGCCCGCCUGUCAUCCAGCGAUGGACCAAUGCUGACCAACGUCUCGGAGCUGGAGCUUCCGUCAGACCCCAAAUGGGAGUUCUCUAGGACCCGGCUAACGCUGGGUAAACCUCUGGGAGAAGGCUGCUUCGGUCAGGUGGUAAUGGCGGAGGCCGUGGGGAUCGACAAGGAGAAACCCAACAAACCCCUCGACGUCGCUGUGAAGAUGCUCAAAGACGACGCCACAGAUAAGGACCUGUCAGACCUGGUCUCAGAGAUGGAGAUGAUGAAGAUGAUUGGAAAACACAAAAACAUCCUCAACCUGCUGGGAGCUUGUACACAGGAUGGUCCCCUGUACGUACUGGUGGAGUACGCGUCUAAAGGGAACCUGAGGGAGUACCUGAGAGCCCGUCGGCCCCCGGGGACGGACUACUCCUUCGACACAUGUAAGAUCCCUGACGAGCAGCUCACCUUUAAAGACCUGGUGUCCUGUGCCUACCAGGUGGCUCGCGGCAUGGAGUAUCUGGCAUCACAGAAGUGUAUCCAUAGAGAUCUGGCAGCCAGGAACGUCCUGGUAACCGAGGAGAACGUGAUGAAGAUCGCAGACUUCGGUCUGGCCAGAGAUGUGCACAACAUAGACUACUACAAGAAGACUACCAACGGUCGUCUACCCGUGAAAUGGAUGGCUCCAGAGGCUCUGUUCGACCGUGUCUACACGCACCAGAGCGAUGUGUGGUCGUAUGGGGUGCUGCUCUGGGAGAUCUUCACCCUGGGAGGGUCCCCGUAUCCCGGCAUCCCUGUAGAGGAGCUGUUCAAACUGCUAAAGGAGGGCCACCGCAUGGACAAACCUGCCAACUGCACACAUGAACUAUAUAUGAUCAUGAGGGAGUGCUGGCACGCUGUUCCAUCUCAGAGGCCGACCUUCAGGCAGCUGGUGGAAGACCAUGACAGGGUUCUAUCCUUGACCUCCAUGGACGAUUACCUGGACCUGUCUGUUCCGUUUGAGCAGUACUCUCCAACCUGCCAAGACUCCAGCAGCACCUGUUCCUCAGGAGAUGACUCUGUGUUCUCCCACGACCCCCUCCCCAUGACCCCCUCCCUGACCAACUCUGCCCUCCCACCACCCCCUUCUCACGACCCCCUCCCUGAACAACCCUGCCUCCCCAAAAUGAGGGGGGAAUAACCUAGUCAAACUGCUGCAGAUUUACAUGGGAAUCAGGACAUAGAUCUAUAGGGCUGGAUGGGGAGACGGGGGGUUAACAUCAAGAGGGGGGACAACGAUCCCCUAAAGACAUCUGGGGAGGGGGACAGGGGGGGACUCCCCCGAGACACCUCUCAGCGUCAUACUUUGAGCCUCCUACAGAUAUGGGAAAGAGAACAUGCAGAACAUCCUCAAACGGACGUUUUAAGAAUCUUUGCAUUGAAGGUUGGGCAAUUUUUUGCCGCCAAAACCUCUUUUUUUUUUCUUUUUAAAAUGAAAAUGUAUAUUUUUUUGUACUUGGCCAGUCUUUAGUUAUUGACAAUCCGAAAGGUCAAACCAUCCAGUGCCUACAAGAACCUAACUCUAUCCCACAGGACUGGGAGGAGAUUGACACAAGGACAUGGACACCAUUAACCAGGGAGGCAGGGCAUCUAUAACGCCAUUGGCCAGGGAGGCAGGGCAUCUAUAACGCCAUUGGCCAGGGAGGCAGGGUAUCUAUAACGCCAUUGGCCAGGGAGGCAGGGUAUCUAUGAUGCCAUUGGCCAGGGAGGCAGGGUAUCUAUAACGCCAUUGGCCAGGGAGGCAGGGUAUCUAUAACGCCAUUGGCCAGGGAGGCAGGGUAUCUAUAACGCCAUUGGCCAGGGUGGCAGGGUAUCUAUAACGCCAUUGGCCAGGGAGGCAGGGUAUCUAUAACGCCAUUGGCCAGGGAGGCAGAGUAUCUAUAACGCCAUUGGCCAGGGAGGCAGGGUAUCUAUAACGCCAUUGGCCAGGGAGGCAGGGUAUCUAUAACGCCAUUGGCCAGGGAGGCAGGGUAUCUAUAACGCCAUUGGCCAGGGAGGCAGGGUAUCUAUAACGCCAUUGGCAAAAAUAAAGCAGGGUAUCUAUAACGCCAUUGGCCAGGGAGGCAUGGUAUCUAUAACGCCAUUGGCCACGAAAGCAGGGAAUCUAUAACGCCAUUGGCUAGGGAGGCAGGGCAUCUAUAACAUCAUUGGCCAGGGAGGCAGGGUAUCUAUAACGCCAUUGGCUAGGGAGGCAGGGCAUCUAUAACAUCAUUGGCCAGGGAGGCUGGGUCUAUUUACCUCUCCUCAGGGGAGCAUGGAGUACACAGGAACUCGUUUUUGCAAAUGUGCAGCAUACCAGCAGAACCAGAAUCAACAAAAUGAUGUGACUAGUUCUUCCAAUAACAGUUAGUGCUUUACUCCAAGAUCCCUCACCUCUGUUGAAUCAUCUCAACCAUCACGCAACAGAAGUAUUUAACAACGGGACUACAAUACAACAAUCUGAACCAGGACUGUAAGCACAGAAGUCUCUGCUGUUUGAAACUCUGAUGGGAACCAAGCUGCAGUCAGACCCUUCAACAGGAGGGGAAUAUAGAACCAGUCUCUCUGAUGGGAACCAAGCUGCAGACAGACCCUUCAACAGGAGGGGAAUAUAGAACCAGUCUCUCUGAUGGGAACCAAGCUGCAGACAGACCCUUCAACAGGAGGGGAAUAUAGAACCAGUCUCUCUGAUGGGAACCAAGCUGCAGUCAGACCGUUCAACAGGAGGGGAAUAUAGAACCAGUCUCUCUGAUGGGAACCAAGCUGCAGUCAGACCCUUCAACAGGAGGGGAAUAUAGAACCAGUCUCUCUGAUGGGAACCAAGCUGCAGACAGACCCUUCAACAGGAGGGGAAUAUAGAACCAGUCUCUCUGAUGGGAACCAAGCUGCAGUCAGACCGUUCAACAGGAGGGGAAUAUAGAACCAGUCUCUCUGAUGGGAACCAAGCUGCAGACAGACCCUUCAACAGGAGGGGAAUAUAGAACCAGUCUCUCUGAUGGGAACCAAGCUGCAGUCAGACCCUUCAACAGGAGGGGAAUAUAGAACCAGUCUCUCUGAUGGGAACCAAGCUGCAGUCAGACCCUUCAACAGGAGGGGAAUAUAGAACCAGUCUCUCUGAUGGGAACCAAGCUGCAGUCAGACCCUUCAACAGGAGGGGAAUAUAGAACCAGUCUCUCUGAUGGGAACCAAGCUGCAGUCAGACCCUUCAACAGGAGGGGAAUAUAGAACCAGUCUCUCUGAUGGGAACCAAGCUGCAGUCAGACCCUUCAACAGGAGGGGAAUAUAGAACCAGUCUCUCUGAUGGGAACCAAGCUGCAGCCAGACCCGUCAACAGGAGGGGAAUAUAGAACCAGUCUCUCUGAUGGGAACCAAGCUGCAGUCAGACCCUUCAACAGGAGGGGAAUAUAGAACCAGUCUCUCUGAUGGGAACCAAGCUGCAGUCAGACCGUUCAACAGGAGGGAACUAUAGAACCAGUCUCUCUGAUGGGAACCAAGCUGCAGUCAGACCCUUCAACAGGAGGGGAAUAUAGAACCAGUCUCUCUGAUGGGAACCAAGCUGCAGUCAGACCCUUCAACAGGAGGGGAACUAUAGAACCAGUAUCUCUGAAGGGAACCAAGCUGCAGUCAGACCCUUCAACAGGAGGGGAAUAUAGAACCAGUCUCUCUGAUGGGAACCAAGCUGCAGUCAGACCGUUCAACAGGAGGGGAAUAUAGAACCAGUCUCUCUGAUGGGAACCAAGCUGCAGUCAGACCCUUCAACAGGAGGGGAAUAUAGAACCAGUCUCUCUGAUGGGAACCAAGCUGCAGUCAGACCCUUCAACAGGAGGGGAACUAUAGAACCAGUCUCUCUGAUGGGAACCAAGCUGCAGUCAGACCCUUCAACAGGAGGGGAAUAUAGAACCAGUCUCUCUGAUGGGAACCAAGCUGCAGACAGACCCUUCAACAGGAGGGAAAUAUAAUCGGGGUUGUUUCUAUGUAUCUUUAAAAAGUUUUAAAUUGUAAAUAUAUAAAUGCAAAUAUGUAUCAUAUUGCUGUCAACAGCCAUGUACUUAAAAUGAGAUUUUUUUUCUUCUAAAAUAUUGUUUUAGAAUCAAAGCAUUGCAAUCUAGAAUACACUGUCAUGAUCAAGUAAUAAUUUAAAGUGAUAGAAAAGGUUUAUUUGAAUGAUCAACAUGUGUAUUUGUAAAGAUAUGUGUAGACUUAACAUGUAGGUCAUAAGUUAGAACAAUCUUGUUCAGGAUUUAGUACUGUAAGCAAAUAUGGUUUAUUUAUUUUUCUGUAACUUAUUUUACAGCAGAACAACAUUAUCUUCACAACUGGCAGAUUUUAUUUCUCUUGUUUUUUCAUCCAUCUUGUUUUGUUUACAGUAAAAAAAAAGAAAAAAAAUGAAUGUAUGAAAGAUUUACAGCAAUUUUAAUGAGCAGAGCAGGACAAGCAAACUGAGUUUGAUUAAAUGUAAAGGAGUGAAA